AUGAGCGGGAGUGUGCCAUUGCAGGCUGAUGUUUUGCCGAGCGGGUCGGAGCACUACGUGGCCUUGAGUUUGCCACGGUGGGGGGACGUCGAGGAGUAUGCGCGCAAGAGAAGCAGUGUCGCCGCAGGUGCUGCUGGGUACGAGGAGUCUGGGCUGCACAGGUACGUUGCAAGGUUGACGCGUGUGCUGAGGGACAAGUAUGCGAAGGAACGGGAGGAGUGUCUCUGCUUCCCCUCGUACACCGUUGCUAAACGGUGUAGGGAGUACAUUAGAGUCGCAGUGGCCGGUUCUGAGGGGGCUCGCAAUGCGAAAGUUCGUAUCCUGCAAUUGUCCACUGCGCGGCCGCUGACGGACGAGGAGGCGUCCAGCAAGAAGGAGUGUAAGAUCGCCGUUGCGUUUGUCGCAGGGCCAUAUUUCACCCACAUGCUGGACUACUGGAGGCUCAGCGGGGAGAUGGUGUCCAGUAGGGUCGCCAAGUACGUGUUGCAUGAGUUGUUCAUGAUAGAGAAGUCACAAGCUGUUGCGUCGUCGUCUACGAGUGGACACAGGGGGGAGAAUGAGGAGAAGGACUUUAUAGAGUCCCGUUACGGAAGGCAGGUCAACUUCACGUUCGCUGCUACUGCGGAGAGACUCGUCAAGAAAAGGAUUGCCACUAAGAUGGUCGAUUUGGACGACGAGGCGACUCUGACAAACAGCACACCGGUUCUCGAUAUGGAUAUUGUCGCUUUACAAAUGCACCAGCACUCAGACUACGAUGAUGAUGACGACGACGAUGACUAUGGGAACGUCGGUGUUGCAGGAGAGAACAUACAGUCACUGGUCCCUGCAGAGUCCAUGUCUGUCGAGGUGAACACCAUUGACAACGGCAGUGUCGCUGACGCACAUGUAAACCCAGAGACGGAUAUCUUCCUCUUUGCCAGUGGGAUGGCGUCUCUGUACACGACGGUGCGGCUGUUGACGAAACUGGACGAGCAACGGCAAACGUUACGGAAUAACAGGGGGACCGCUUCACCAGGCCCCGAGCAACACAGCAAGAAAACCGUAGUGUUGGGGGUCCCCUGCCACGACACGUACGAGAUGGUGACGACGUUAUCCAAGUCGUAUUUCAUCCCGGAGAAUGGUACUGAUGGGCUCAGUAAGUUGAAGGAGAUCCUACAUUCUGGGGAGCAGAUCCUUGCCGUGAUCACUGAGACGCCGACGAACGGGCUCCUUGAUGUGACGAACUUGGUCGAGUUGAAGCAACUUAGCGAACUGUUUGGGUUCUACAUUGUCGUGGACGAGUCCGUAGGAGGGUUUGUCAACGUCGAUGCGCUCGUGUACUGCGAUAUCGUGUGCUCGUCGCUCGUGAAGAUGUUCAGUGGCACAGAGGAUGUAGUAAGUGGUUCGAUGGUCGUGAACCCGCAGAGCAAGCUGUACGAUUUUGCACAGACUUUCAUGGCAUCCGAGCACGAGCCCAGUAGUGUGCUCUGGUGCGAGGACAUAAUCCAGUUGGAGCAGAAUUCGCGGGAUUUCGUGAGCAAAAGCAAGCGGAUCAACACGGCCACGAAGCGGCUACUACGCGAUGUGAUACUGCCACAGCGGGGCACCAUAUUUACCGAGGUGCACCAUCCAAGUAUCACGGACAGGGCUCAAUAUAAUCUGAUCAAGGGGAAGCAGGACGGUGGGUACGGUGGUGUGUUUGCUGUGCAGUUCUCGACCCUGGAACGUGCCCGAUCGUUCUACGACCGUUUGAACGUGUGCAAGGGCCCCGGUCUGGGCGGCGACUACACGGUCGCGUGUCCCUGGCAGUUACUAAACCAGUACGACGAAGUGGACAAGACACUCAUACGAGUCAGCGUAGGGCUUGAGGACUACGACGUGCUGAAACGAGCGUUUGAGGAGGCGAUCGCCGCAUGA